GCCUACGAGAAGCACCUCAACAGGUACCGCAGCUUCGAUGGAGACGACCUGGGCAAGAGACAGGGCCGCUUCGAGAAGGCCAACUACAAGCAGAAGCCGCGCAGGCCCAUGCCCUGCACCGCGGCACAUGAGCAGCAGCAGUGGGCCGAGGCCGCCGGGUGGCUUGCGCGGCGGCUGCGCCAGCUGAGGUCACUGGCCAACGCGUGGCAGCAGCGGCGAGAUGCAGGCACGUUUCGGCGAGCUCAGCACAUUGCUGAUGGGCUACUCAGCCACGACAUCGUCACGCCGCUGCUCGCAGAGCGGGCACCUGGGCAGACGACCGAGGCAGGCAACGACACGGACGAGGAGGACGGGCUGCUGGAGCCAGAGGGCGCCCCUCGGGAGGAGGCGGAACGGGUACAGGACAGCCUCGCGGUCAGAGCGCCUCCCACCGAGGGCCAGCAGGACCCCAAUACGUGGAAUACGAUUCGAUGGCCGCUCAUCGCACGUACGCUGCGAGACUGGCGAGUCACCGACAUCGACGACCGCGCCCAGAACUACCUGGGCUUCAUAGCCACGCUGCUGGACAUCGCCAGCAGGAAGUACUGGAAGAUGGUGCACCGAGCGGCCGCGGCGCAGUGGCGGCAGCGGGUCACCACGCACGGAGAGCGAGGAGCAGGAGCACUGCACAAGUGGACCAAGGCACCAGCGCCUUGGCAGCCGCAGGCAGCGCCAGCGGGGGCCGACAGCGACCAGGUGCACGAGCUCACGCACCCCCAGAAGGCCGCCGACGCCGCGCUGAAGGGGCGGGAGAGCACCUGGCACGACCCGCUCCGGGCAGAGUCCAAGCCGCCGCCCAUCACCCCGCAGCAGGUGAUCGAGGCUUGCGGCCGCUUCAGGACCAAGACGGGGCUGGGGGAAUCGGGAUGGCACCCGAGACUCUGGCGCGAAGGGGACACCCAUGGAGCGGCGAGGGUGGCCAGCACCCUCAACGCCCUGGAGGCGGGCUCGCCCUGGCCGCAGGCGCAGGACACCAUCCUGUUCUACCUGCUGGCAAAAGCUUCGGGCGGGUACCGCAACCUCGGGCUGAUUCCUGAGCUGGCCAGGCUGUGGGAGACGAUCCGCAUGCCGUACGCCAGGAGAUGGGAGCACUGCCACCGCAGGAGCUACGACUGGGCUGCGAGAGGGAAGUCCAGUGAGAGGGCCGCCUGGGAGCAGGCCUUGUUCUGCGAGGCCACGGUGGCCCAAGGGAUGGAGUACGCUGUCACGUACUUCGACCUGGUCAAGUGCUUCGAGUACGUCACGCACGAGAAGGUGUGGCAAGCAGGCACGAGAUCAGGAUUCAACACGGUGAUCCUGGAGAUGGUGCUGCGCAUCUACUCGAUGACGCGGCGCGUCGUACUGGACAACGCAUACACGGAGGGGUCGAGAUGGGCGCGCGGCAUCGUCGCAGGCAGCCGCCUAGCACCCCUCUGCCUCAAGAUGGUCAUCUUCGGGGAGCUGGACGGGGUUAUCGCCAACUUCCCGUGGGCCUCGGUCUGCCUCUUUUUCGACGACCUGGCGGUCGCCACGCGGGGCGCGAGGCUGUUCGUGCAGCACUGGCACACCCAGCUGGUGCAGGAGCUCGUGGACAUGUUCGGGAGGCUGGACAUGAAGGUAUCCAAAGGUGCGGGGGGCAAGACGGUCACCAUGGCCCCGACCACCGCGCUGCAGGACGGCCUCGCCAGGAGAGUGAACCCGCUCGGCAUCAAGAUGGCGCGACACGCCGACCACCUCGGCGCCACCAACCGCAUCGCCCGCAUACGCCGAGCAGGGGGACCUGCGCAGGCAAUCAUCAGACAGGGGAAGGUGCCGUCGGCGAUGUACGGGGUGCAGGUCAUGGGCAUGCCCAACUCCACCCUCACCACCCUGCGGCACAGCGUGGGCGCCGACCCCGCCACCCGCGCCAACACGGAGCCGCUGCUAAACUGGGCCAUGGCAUGGCACGAGGUAGCCAACCAGGACGGCCUCCAGGAGCAGCUCCAGACCACGGUGCAGAGGCUGGGCUGGAGGUCGCUCGCGGCCCACAGCAUCACCAUCGGCGACGAGCACCUAGACCUCAGGACGCUGCCUCUCAGGCACCUGAGGCAACUCAUCAGCACGGCCACCGAGGAUGGCCUCAAGAGCGACUGGCUGCGCAUCCACGGCGAGAAGCACGGCCUGGACAGCCUCUUCGUGGAGCCCGUCGCCGCGCUGCUCAGGAGGCCGCUGAGCAAGAAGUGGACGCUGGAGCACCAGACACGGGUGCGCAGCUUGUGGUGUGGCGGUACCUGGCCACAGCGGAGGCUCUUCGACAAGGGCGCAGCAGAGGACAGUACGUGCAAGGCCUACCACGAGCAUGAAGGAACGGACCGCCACAGGACGUUCGUGUGCUCGGCCAGGCAGAGUCACCUGCACGGGGACAUCUACACGGAUGGCAGCCUGCUGUACGGGGCAUACCCAGCGCUGAGAAGAGGCGGCUGGGCAGUCGUGAAGCUCGACAGCGAGAACACGAUGGAGUUUGCAUUGUUCGGGCCACUGGAGGGAUCGCAGCACGACCAGUCGAUCUACAAGAGCGAGCUGAUGGCGGUCCUCCAGGCCCUGAGGAGAGCGGUCCCUCCAGUGCGGGUCUUCAGCGACUGCCAGUCAGUGAUCGACGGCUUCGCCAGAGGCCCUGAGUGGGCCGCCAGAGCCGACACGACCCACCAAGAGGUCUAG